UAAAAAAUAAAGACACGUCAACAGCGCCUCCAUCUUAGAUAGGUCCAUUUUAUUGACUUUAGUUAGAUUAAAUAUUCUUGGAAAAUGCCGGUACAAUGCGCAGCGUAUGGGUGUAAGAAUCGUCGCAACGCAAAUCUAAGAAAACAAGGGGUCACUUUCCACAGGUUUCCCACUGAUGCUAAGCUGAGAAAAAUUUGGGAGACUGCUCUGAGAAAAGAGGGGUUUUCAGCCACUCCUCAUUCAGUUCUGUGUAGCCAGCAUUUCACAGAGGAUGCCAUCGACCGAACUGGGCAGAUUGUUCGCCUACGUGAAGGAGCUGUCCCAUCCAUUUUUAAUUUCCCAGCACACCUUCAGAAAAAACCCAUUAAACCAAGAAAGACUGCAACAUCACAAAAGGCUGCUGCUCCAUAUGAAGUAGUGGUGGUGAAAGCAGACAGCAAUACCAACAAAGACAAAACAGAAACUUUGGUUUGUGAUGAGCACUCGUAUGCAUUGGAUCCGUCACCUAACAGAGUGAAAGACAGAUUGGCGCAGGCCCUGGCAAACAUGGAGCGCCUCCAGCGUCAACUCCGUAAUGCCAAGGACAGAGAGAGAAGAUGCAAGACAACACUGAAGAGUGCCUUGGAUGACCUAAAAGAGAGAAAUCUCAUCACAGAUGAACUUCAUCAAAGACUGGAUCUGUAUUCAAGUCUUUAGAAGUCACUAGCUCUUGCUUCUAACUUCAGUAAAAUUGCACAGUGCUGCUUUAAAAGGGUGUGAAAUAUUUCAGUUUUGUGACACAAAAGGAGGGGGGCAUGUCAGUAAAUCUCUUCAUUCUAAACAAAUCAUUUUGUUUAAAUGCUCCAUGCAUGCCAUUCCUUUUGGAUUUUCUCAUGUGGGCCCUCCGUGUCUAACUGUUACCCCAGUGAGUGUACUGGAACCGGGUGUUCCCUUGGAUCCCUCACCAGCUUUGCUGAAGAUUUUUCUGUCCCACAAUAUACGGAAAGACUUUGCCUGAUCAUUAUGUGAAAUAGAUUGAGCCUGUAAAUAUUGCAUUGUUUUUGCAAAUAAAUGUAUAAUAUUUUGUAAUUUUUUUGCCUUGCACCUAUACUAUUGACCUGCUACUGCCUAAUCAGUCUUCCGGACAUGAGCUUCAAGUAAUGUUUACAUCAAAUAUCUGAAAUUGUAAAAUUAUGACUCUGAUCUGGCAUGUUGGUACCGGAUAGGCUGGUUUGAGUAUUUGAGAAACUGCUGAUCUCCUGGGAUUUUCAUGCAAACCCAUCUGUAGUCUUUACACAGAGAUGUGGGUGGGAAAAACGUUGACUGAGUGGCCGUUCUAUGCCUUGUUAAUAACAGAGGUCACAGGAAAAUGGACAGAUUUUUUUUUUCGAGCGGCCAGGCAGGAUAUACACUGAACAAAAUUAUAAAUGCAACUCUUGUUUUUGCCCCCAUUUUUCAUGAGCUGAACUUAAAGAUCUAAGAUCUUGUACACAAAAGGCCUAUUUCUCUCCGAAAACUAGUCAGUAUCUGGUGUGACCAUCAUUGCCUCACGCAGUGCAACACAUCUAGUUCGCAUAGAGUUGAUCAGGUUGUUGAUUGUGGCCUGUGGAAUGUUGGUCCACUCCUCUUCAAUGGCAGUGCGAAGUUGCUGGAUAUUGGCAGGAACUGGAACACGCUGUCGUAUACGCCGAUCCAGAGCAUCCCAAACAUGCUCAGUGGGUGACAUGUCCAGUGAGUAUGCUGGCCAUGCAAGAACUGGGAUGUUUUCAGCUUCCAGGAAUUGUGUACAGAUCCUUGCAACAUGGGGCUGUGCAUUAUCAUGCUGCAACAUGAGGUGAUGGUCGUGGAUGAAUGGCACAACAGUGGGCCUCAGGAUCUCGUCACGGUAUCUCUAUGCAUUCAAAAUGCCAUCAAUAAAAUGCACCUGUGUUCGUUGUCCAUAACAUACGCCUGCCCAUACCAUAACCCCACCGCCACCAUGGGCCACUCGAUCCACAACGUUGACAUCAGCAAACCGCUCACCCACACGACGCCAUACACGCUGGCUGCCAUCUGCCCUGUACAGUGAAAAUAUAUUAGGCAGCAAGUGAACAUUUUGUCCUCAAAGUUGAUGUGUUAAAAGCAGCAAAAAUGGGCAAGCGAAAUGAGCGAGUUUGACAAGGGCCAAAGUGCGAUGGCUAGAUGACUGGGUCAGAGCAUCUCCAAAACUGCAUCUCUUGUGGGGUGUUCCCAGUCUGUAGUGGUCAGUAUCUAUCAAAAGUAUCCUUUAAGUCCUGUAAGUUGCGAGGUGGGGACUUGAAGACCUGCUGCUAACAUCUUGGUGCCAGAUACCACAGCACACGUUCACGGAUCUAGUGGAGUCCAUACCUCAACGGGUCAGGGCUGUUAAGGCAGCAAAAGGGGGACCAACACAAUAUUAGUCAGGUGGUCAUAAUGGUAUGCCUGAUUGGUGCAUGUUAAAGUGGGAGAUUACACAGACGUUAUAAAAGAAAAGUACCUUUGUCAUUUGUUACACCAUAUACAGGUAAGUUCUGUUCUUAAGUUAUUUUGAACUUUGUUAACAUAAACAAAACGUUCCCAUAACGUUAUGAACUGGUUCCUAAAAUAACCAAGGGGAACUAAAUGCUAACGUUAGAAAACCGUUUGCUGUACCCUGAUACUUGAUUUAAUCAGUAUUAAUACGAAA